GAGUGUAUACGUGCGACUCGCGUCAAGUCGGUGUGUGAGUGCGUCUGCUUGUUGCUUGCUCGUGCACGAGAGGCGAAGAUAUAGACGACGAUAUAGACGAAAGGCGAGCAACACUGCGAAGAAGUAGGCCCGCAAGAAUCGCGAUAGCAGACGCUCGUUGUUGUGCAGUGCCUGAACGAUAGCACAUUCGCGAGCCUCGAAAUUACUCUCGUAUCGUGGACGCCUACGUAUUAGCAGUCACGAUCUCGAGAUCUCGCGAUCUUCGACGCAGUCUACAUACCGAUCGGUCGUCACACGCACCCACGGAUUCGCUGCAGUCUCGCGAAAAGAUCAUGACUACCUGGAACAUCAAGUUCGGCAACGGCAUCAAGGACGAGGUGGACGGCACACUCGAGUUGAGCUACGCCGCGGACGACUCGACGGGCUUCGAUCACUUGCCGAGCUUCGUCGAGUUCUACGGGCACGAUAAUAGCGCCGAUCGGCGUCGUAAUGGAGCAGCAUCGGUGGCGACGACGACGGCGCGCCUCCACCGCGACGACGACAACAACGAGGACGACGAUUAUUGCGACGAUGCGACGGCCGCCUCGUUCGCCGCGAGCUUGCAAGGCGCUGACGACGACGACGACAACAACAUGAAUACCGGAUAUAUUCAUCACACUAUUAGUCAAGACCAAAUAUACAUGAGGAUACAUCCUGGUAAUAAUGACAACAUGCCUGAGGAUCCAUCCCAUGCUGUCAUCACAAUUGAAACCACAGAUCCAAAUACCAAUCAAAAACAUAUUAGCAGAUAUACUUGUGCCUAUGAUGGAUGUACAAGAACAUAUAGCACAGUGGGAAAUUUGAGAACACAUAUGAAAACCCAUAAAGGUGAAUAUCGAUUCAAAUGUUCUGAUCCAAGCUGUGGCAAGGCAUUUUUAACUUCAUACAGUCUCAAAAUACAUAUUAGAGUACAUACAAAACUUCGACCUUUUGAAUGUAAUGUUAGUGGUUGUGUCAAAGCAUUUAACACUCUCUAUAGACUGAAGGCUCAUCAAAGACUUCAUAGUGGUAAUACUUUUAACUGCGAAGAAAUCAAUUGCUUAAAAUUUUUCACAACAUUAAGUGAUCUCAAGAAGCAUGUCAGAACUCAUACACAAGAAAGACCUUACAAGUGUCAAGAAAAUGGUUGUGGAAAAUCUUUCACAGCUUCACACCACUUGAAAACACACAAACGCACACACACUGGGGAACGGCCUUAUUUAUGUAUGUUUAAUAAUUGCAAUCGAUGUUUUACUACACCUCACAGUUUAAAAAAUCACAUGAAAACGCACGAGAAACUAUCACAAUCAGACAGCAACACUGAAGAUAAAAAGACUGCAAAUGUAAACCAAAAUAUGAAUACAUCUGAAAGUACGGAUAUAUCUAAAAAGAUGGAUAAAAUGAAUAUAAUUGGUCAACAGUCAAAUGAGGCACCUGUGACACUAGUUUUUUAUUCACCAAUGGAACCAUGUGAACAAAACUCGAAUAUUCACGCAUCAGAAAACUUUACGGGCAUUCAAACACAAAGUAUUCUUAGUAAUGAACAUGACAAUUCGUUGAUGGACAUUUCACGUCGUCAAGAAACCACUGAUCCUAAUAAUUUAUUUGACAAUUUAAAUGAUAAACUCAUGAACAAUAGUAAUGAUAGCCAAACGAUAAUUGAUAAUUUCAGUGAAAGUGAUAUUAAUGAGCAAUUAAAAUUAUUCAAUGAACUCCAAGAUCAAGCAAUUGGAUCAAAUGUAGUGGAUAAAAUCGAGGAAAAUAACAUAAUGCUUUCGUCGCAGAGUCUCCUGCUUGAUAAUAGUAUAAAAGAUACUUCAUCAACACUAUCUGAAGCUAAUCUUUUAUCACUGCAAGAUUUAAAGAAACAAAGUGAAGAAAUUAAAAAGAUUGAGUCAUAUUUAGAAAAUGAUACAUCGUUUUAUAAUGCUAUGUGCAAUCAAAUACAAAAUAGUUUGAAUUCCUCAAACACUAAUCAAUUUACAGUUAAUGAUCUUGAUCAGUACACUUUCGGGAAUAAUGAUACUUUCAAAGAAACCAUUGAAAUACCAGACAUUUCAGUACCUUUGAAUAGUAAUCUUAUUAAUAGUAAUGAAUCCCAUGCCCUGGAAUUAGCUAUAGCAACUGAAGAAGAACGUCAAUUGCCGUGGAUCGAUGCUAACGCUGUUGCCAAUCAACUGCCUGACAAAAUCUUAACGCCCACAGAAUUACCGAUCAUACAAACUCAUUCUACUUGGUCUGAAACUAAUGCACUUCCUACAGCAGUUCAUUCACUUGUCAAUUUACUGGGACCAGAACCUUAUCCAUUACAAAUGACAGAUUUACAGCAAAAAACCUCAAUCAAAACAGCCAAUAUGAUAGAAUUAGAACAAGUCACAAAUAUUAAUCCUCAAAUUGUUAUGGAUUCUCCUGGGCUUUUAAACAAAAUGAAUCAAAUAAAUAAUAUAAUGAAUACGAAAAAUGUUACAAGUAUUAAUCCUCAAAUAAUGAUGGAUUCUUCUAAAUAUAUGAACAAAAUUAGUUCAACCAACAAUAUGAAUAAAGUUGAAAGUCCUAGAAACAUGCUGCAAGAAAUUACAGCUGAUGCUGGAAUUUGCAAGUGUUCAAAUUGUAAAUGUGAUAGUGAUGACAACAAUUGCACAAAUUGUUCUCAUCCAGAAAAGCCAAAUCAAGACAUGCAGGAAUCAAAAACAUGUUUUCCAUCUCAAGUUAAUUUAGCUGAUUUAGUUUCAACUUUUAAACAAAAAUGUUGUUGCGAUAAUAAAAAAAGUUGCAGUUCAUGCUGUGUUGUUAUAUGUAUAAAAAAUUUACAAGAAUUUCAACAAGUGUUGAAUACUUGUUGCAAAAGUGCUAACAAUUCUGGGUGUUGUGCAAAUAAUUCUGAAAUAAGAAUUUAAAGUCUUAGAGCAACAAAAUAUCAUUUUGUUACUUAUUUUUAAGUAGUUAUAUUGUACUUAUUGACAUUUUGUUAUA